GUAUUGUGUUAUUGUUGUGUUAUUAUUGUGUUGUUAUUGUCUUGUUAUGUUUUAUUAUAUUAGUUGAUGUAUCUUCUCUAUCAGGAGCUGCUCCUCAUGGCCGACCUCUGGCAGAACGCCAUGGACCACGCUGUCAACGCCGCACGGAGAGCCGGACAGGUGAUCCGUGACGCUCUGCAGGACGACAGGAAAGUGAUGACGAAGAGUUCAUCGGUUGAUUUGGUGACACAGACUGACCAGAAGGUGGAGCAGCUCAUCAUCCAAUCAGUGAAGGAGAAGUUCCCCACUCACAGGUUCAUCGGGGAGGAGUCCGUCGCUGCAGGUGAAGCCUGCGUCCUGACCGACGCUCCCACCUGGAUCAUCGACCCCAUCGACGGGACGACCAACUUCGUUCACGCAUUUCCUUUUGUUGCUGUUUCCAUCGGAUUUACUGUCAACAAGCAGGUGGAGUUCGGGGUGGUCUACAGUUGUCUGGAGGACAAGAUGUACACAGCGAGGAGAGGGAGGGGGGCGUUCUGUAACGGAGCGCCGCUGCAGGUCUCUGACCAGGAAGACAUCAACCAGUCCAUCAUCGCCACCGAGUUCGGUUCCAGCAGAGACCCUGAAGCUGUAGAGAAGAUCUUCUCCAGCCUGAAGAGGAUCCUCUGCAUCCCCGUCCACGGGGUGCGCGGUGCAGGAACUGCAGCCACCAACAUGUGUCUGGUGGCGUCCGGUUGUGUCGAAGCGUAUUAUGAGAUCGGGAUGCAUGUCUGGGAUCUGGCCGCCGGCUCGCUGGUGGUCUCUGAAGCCGGAGGAGUCCUGAUGGACGUUGAAGGAGGAGACGCCGACCUGAUGUCCAGAAGGAUCGUUGCUGCCAACAGCAGAACCAUUGCUGAGAGGAUCGUCAAGGAGAUCGACCCGUUCAGUCCGCCCAGAGAUGACGCUCCGCCGCCGCCUACCAACCAGUGAAGGAGUGAAGGUUCAGUCCGCCCAGAGACGACGCUC